GACACUUGAUUUUUAUAUAUAAAAAAUUACGUUAUUUACAAAUUUAAUUUCAAUAAUCUAUUCUAUAUGCAUUAUCGUUGUUCUAAUGUUUUGAUGCACAGUAAUUUGAUAAUGUGCCAGAUUCUAUUGAUUCUUCAAACAUAUGCUAUUUUAUUUUAAAAUACGAAGGACUAUCAAUGACGUUUUGUAUGUCCUUUAAAAAUACCUUUUUAAGGUUAUAUAUUUUAUUUAGGACAUAGAAAUUAUCUUUUAAAUUUUUUGUAUAUUUAUUUUUAAAAUAUGUCCAUAAAGAAUGAUGAAACACAAUGUCCUUGCACAAUCAAAGAUGAAUCGAAGAAGGAAGAUUUUUCUUUUCUCCUUCCAUUCCUUCCAAUACAAAAUGACAAAGAACAAGGUAAGGAAGACUUAAAUGCUAGUAUGUCUUUUUAUAAUAAUAACAAUGAUAAAAGAAGAAUUUAUAUUCAGAGCUUGGAAUCAAUGGCGCUUCCACAAGAAUACAAGUGGUAUUGGAUAGACAUGGCAGAAGAUUUAGCAGCUCGGAGAUUUAUAAAACCUGGUAGUCAUAAAGAUAAAGGCCUUGCAGUUUUUACCAGUGGAGGUGAUUCUCAAGGAAUGAAUGCAGCAGUUCGAGCAGUUGUUAGAAUGGGUAUUUAUCUUGGAUGUAAAGUUUUCUUUAUUAAAGAGGGCUAUCAGGGUAUGGUAGAUGGUGGAAAAAAUAUUCAAGAAGCUACUUGGUCAUCUGUUUCUUCUAUCAUACAUAAAGGUGGUACAGUAAUAGGAUCUGCUCGAUGUCAUGACUUUGAAGAACGCGCUGGUCGCAAAAAAGCUGCAAAAAAUUUAGUAAAACUUGGAAUAAGUAAUUUAGUUGUAAUAGGUGGUGAUGGUUCACUUACUGGUGCAAAUCUCUUUAAGGAAGAAUGGUCAAGUCUAUUAAAAGAAUUAGCUGAGGAAGGAGAAAUUACAAUAGACCAAGUAGAAAAAUAUGAACAUUUACACAUUGCUGGCUUAGUAGGAUCUAUUGAUAAUGAUUUUUGUGGAACUGACAUGACUAUUGGUACUGAUUCUGCAUUACAUCGUAUUAUCGAAAGUAUCGAUGCUAUUGUUAGUACAGCAUAUUCCCAUCAAAGAACAUUCAUAAUGGAAGUUAUGGGUCGGCAUUGCGGGUAUUUGGGAAUUGUGGGUGCUUUAGCGGCAGAAGCAGAUUUUGUUUUCUGUCCAGAAUCACCUCCUCCUGCUGACUGGCCUGAUAAAUUAUGUAAAAAAUUGGGGCAGGAAAGACUUAUGGGACAACGACUUAACAUUAUAAUUGUAGCUGAAGGUGCACUAGAUAGAAAUGGUGAACCAAUUACUGCUGAAAAAAUUCAUAAAGUUGUUGUAGAAAAGCUACAACAAGAUACAAGAAUUACUGUUCUUGGUCAUGUUCAAAGAGGUGGUAAUCCAUCUGCUUUUGAUAGAGUUUUGGGCUGUCGAAUGGGAGCAGAAGCAGUAAUGGCAUUAAUGGAAGCAAAGCCAGACACUGAAGCAUGUGUUGUUACAUUAAAUGGUAAUCAAGCUGUAAGAUUACCUCUUAUGGAAUGCGUUCGACGUACUAAGGGAGUAGCAAAAGCUAUGGCUGAUAAAAAUUGGAAUCUCGCAGUUCAACUUCGUGGAAAGGGAUUUGCUCGUAAUUUGGAAACAUAUAAAAUGUUGACCCGUUUAAAAGCACCUAUAGAAUGUACUAAUCCCAAUAAGGAAAGUAACAGUCCCACAUUAACAAAGCAAUUCACUUUGUAUGGACAAAGUUGCCAUUAUACAUUAGGUGUAAUACAUAUUGGUUCACCUUCUUGUGGUAUGAAUGCUGCUGUGCGUUCUUUUGUUAGAAAUUGUAUUUAUCGAGGAGAUAAGGUUUAUGGUAUUUGUGAUGGAAUCUUAGGUCUUAUAACUGGAAAAUUUAAAUUAUUGGAUUGGCCUUUUGUCACUGGUUGGGUAUCACAAGGUGGUGCUCUUUUAGGAACUAAACGUGCUCCACCAAAAGAGGAUCAGUUACCACAGAUUGCUCAGAGACUUAAAGAAUAUGAAAUUCAAGCUUUACUUAUUAUAGGAGGAUUUGAGGGUUAUCAAACAGGACUUACCUUUAUUAAUGCUAGAGACAAAUUUGAAGAAUUUCGAAUUCCUAUUGCGAUGAUUCCGGCAACUAUUAGCAAUAAUGUUCCAGGAACUGAGUUUUCAUUAGGAUGUGACACUGCAUUAAAUGAAAUUACGGAGAUCUGUGAUCGAAUCCGUCAGUCUGCGCAAGGUACAAAGCGUCGAGUAUUUAUUAUUGAAACUAUGGGUGGAUAUUGUGGUUAUUUAGCUACUUUGGCUGGAUUAGCCGGUGGAGCUGAUGCAGCAUAUAUUUUCGAGGAAAAGUUUAAUAUUAAAGAUUUAAAUCAAGAUGUUAUUGCAAUGGCUGCUAAAAUGUCUGAAGGUGUACAGAGAGGUCUUAUUUUAAGAAAUGAAAAUGCAAAUUUAAAUUAUAGUACAGAUUUUAUGCAAAGACUUUUUAGUGAAGAAGGAAAAGGCCUCUUCAGCUGUAGAAUGAAUAUUAUUGGUCAUAUGCAGCAAGGAGGUUCACCAACUCCAUUUGAUCGAAAUUUAGGCACAAAAAUGGGUUCUAAAGCAGUUGAAUGGUUUAGUGAACAACUAAAAAAAAAUACUGAUGCUGAUGGUAAAGUAACAGCAAUGGAUGAUGAUAGUGCAGUUAUGAUUGGUAUCGUGCGACAACAUUAUAAAUUUACACCAUUUACAGAACUUCUUGAAAUGACAGAUUUUGAACAUCGCAUUCCAACAUAUCAAUGGUGGAUGAAAUUACGACCAUUACUUAAAGUUUUAGCAAAACAUGAGUCUACAUAUGAGGAAGAAGGUCUUUAUAUCACUGUAGAAGAAAUGGAUGUUGAUAAUGAUUCUCUUGUAUAAAUUACAAAUGUUUGCAGUAAAAGGUAAUGUUCCAUAUACACUAUUCAUAGUAGAUUUUGUUAGUAUUGUAUGACAUUACAAUAAUUAUUUUGCGUUGAUAUUUAUGAGAGAAAAAUAUCAAACUUUGGAUAUACAAUCAUAGAAUUUAAUAUUCUGCAAACAUUAGUAGGUUAACAUGAAAUCAGAAUGUAUCAUGCACACACGUAUCGUUUAUACAUUCAAUUACAUAAUAAUAAAAUGCGCGCUAAUAACUAAUCUUUUUAAUGUAAAUUGUUUUAAUAAAUAGUAAAUUAUUUCAUAUUAUUGCUAUAAUCACAAGAUAUAGAUUAAUAUUUUGUUCAAAAAAAUAUAAUUAUAUAUUUUGAUUGCGGUUUAAAGUUAAGUAAGAAGUAGGUACAAAUAUAGUACCUGAAAUAUGAAGGUAAGCUAUAUUUUAGUAAUAUAAGAAAAUGAAGAUAUUGAAACAUUUAAAAAGCAUUUUCCUAGAUAAAAAUUGAAAAUUAUAUUCUUAUUUACAUUGAAUGUUAUUAGAAUAUAUAAGCGCGAGAAAACAUCGAAAAAUAGAAUAAACAAAAAUAUAAAUAUUAAUAUGAUAUAAAACAUUUAAAUGUUAUAAUAUAGUAAAGAAGCAUUCGAUUUAACGAUUAUAUAUGAAUAUAAUGAUAAAAAUGAAUACAAUUAAUGACGUUUAUCUCUCGAUAUGACAUUUGAAUGCAAUAGCUUCAAAUUUUAGAUUUUAUGAACAUUUUAAUAUAUUUGACAUCGGAUUUUAUUCUCAUCUAUUUAAAAUUUGAUACCAAUCACAAUAAUUAUAUUGUAAUUGUAUGAAUCUUAAAAGUGCAUGAUAUUUAUGUUAUCUAAUUUUUUUUUUUUGAAGCUUUAACAGAAAUUCAUUAGAAUGGCAAAUCGCUUUUAGAAAAUAUUGUAAUCUUUCAAUUUUUUAAUUGCAACAAUUUGAACUAAAUAUCAAAUUAUAGCUUUCAUGGCUAUUUUACAAUUUUGCAAGUAAAUCUAUUAGACUAUAUUUGUGGUCUGAGAUAUAAAAUUAAACAUAAUGUGGCAUCUUUCUUUAAUGGAAACUUAUCAUUUGGUUUAGCUUUACCUAUAGCUAUGAAAAGCUAUUCAAAGAAUAUACUUGUCUACCUCAAAACAUAAUUUGCAACGACAAGCGAUACUUAGGACAAACUAAAAACCUAAGUCUUACUGGUUGCAUAUAACGUUAAAAGGUUUUGCUAAGAUUUAAGGCUUGUGACCACAAGAAUAUUUAGAUUUAAUUCAUGUUAUUAUUGUACUCGUAUUAUCAUCGUACAGAUAUUAAACUCGAAAUUAUUUCUUCAAAUAUAGAAACAUACAAUUCCUAUAAAGUUCUAGUUCCAAGUAAGUUAUUUUAAUAUAAAUGAUCAUGAUAUUUUACUGAUUUAUUUAUAUUUAAAAAAUGGUAUGAAUAUUAUGGAAUAAUGUUAAUUAAAGUUUGCCAAUGCAUGUAAAAAAUACUAAUACACUUUUAUGAAACUAAGUGACACGUCCAUUUAACAUAAAAUACAAAUUGUGCAAUGAUCACAAUAUUAUCAUAUCAAUGAGCACUUACAUUCCUGGUUAUUGUUUUUAAAAUAUUUAUGUAACAGCAGUCAAAUUUACUUAUUUGAGGUAAAAUAUUUCUCAUAAAUAUGACAUGAAUAAGUAUGUACAAAGUAUAAUAUGUAUUUUUCAUGGAAUCCUAAAUUAAGUUUAAUUAUAUAAUAACAAUAAAAUUUCAUGUCUAUUUAUAAAAAAAAAUUAUGCACAUUGUUUAUUUAAAAUCAAUAUCUAUUUAUUAAAAAUAUUUAUUCAUGUAAACAAAAUUUUAUGAAAAUAAUCUUUACAAAAAGAUUAUAACAAUUUAAAAGAUAUUCCUUUGCAUUGCCUUCAUAUAAGAUUAUUAAAAAUAUAAAUUUAUUGUGGCCUAAUAAACAAAACGAAACUUAAACAGCACUUAUAUUCAUGUAUUAAAAUAAGCGCGAAUAAAUAAAAUAGCGAAUAAAUUGGAAUAUAUAUAAAAGAAAUUAUAAAAAUUUAUAUAAAUUUAAUAAAAAGAAUAAAUAAAAAAUAUUAAUGCUACAGUAAGUGCAUAGGUUUUUGCGUAUAAAAAUACAAAUACUAUACACACAAAAUGUAUUUUGUAUAACUUUACGUGUGAUUAGUAUUUUAUCGUAUAUCAUAUGUGUUCAUUUGAAAGCAUUAUAGCAAAAAAAUCAUAUGAUCCAUUGAUAAUUAUGUUGAUUGACAAACAUAUAAUGUACAAAUGUUACAUAUAUAAACGUUAAUGUCAUAUAACACUAAUGAUAAACUAGUAAUACAAUAAAGGUAUAAUGUUGGAAAAGUAUUAUUUUUACGAUUACAGAAAUAUAUUUUUGACUCAUUGUUGACAAUGAAUUUUACAGUUUAUCUCUGGCAUAAUGUAUAUGAAAUUUAGAAAUUAUUUCGUUCUGAUAUUAAAUUGUUAAAUAUGUAUUUUCUCUUUACUGUUGCAUAACUGACGUAUUUAUUUAUUAAAUAGAUAUUUAAACUUUAUAUUUAUGAAAUAUUUGUGGUAAUUAUAUAAUAUUAUAUAAUUAUAGAACAAGAAAUACAUAUGAAUAUAUGCAUAAGGAUAUUGUGACCACUGAAAAUGUACCUAAUCAAAUGUACCUAUUAAUAAAAUGUAUCUUAUAAA